AUGAUGCAAAACCUUGGCAAACUGCUGCGAGCGACGUACGGCGCCUUCGUCGCGUCCUACGACCCGGCUGCGUAUGAUGCCCUCUCCGAGGAUGCUAAUAGCUGCAUCCAAUCGGCGCACGGGGUACUACAAGGCCUCUUCAACCCGGCCUCUCCGCUUCUUCCUAUUGUGAAGUACACACCUGUGGAGGCGGAUUGGCUUCUGGGAUUCAACCACAACUUCCCAAAUGUGUAUGCUCGUCCUCAGUGGUUUUUUGCGUACCGCAAUAACGAUACGCUGGCGCGGGCGAUGUUACAUACGGUCGACCUUCAAACGCUUUCGAAUGAGUUCGGCACCUGGUGCAUGGAAACGCCUAUGCGGUGCGCCCUUUUCGCCGCGGACGCUCUUCAGUCGAGGAUUACUGCAGGGAACGUGUCCACACAACUUCAGGCACUCUUUAAGGAUAAGCUUUUGCCCUUGCUGCGUGGUGACCAUAAGCACAGGUAUGGAUUCCACCCUACGGAUACUUAUGCCGUCGUGGGAGCUCCAGCCUACAGCCUGACAGCGAAGGUGCUGAAGGACGCGGCGACAGGUGAUAAAAAAGUUUACCAAUACUCUGUUCACGACUCUGCCCUAGUGGGCGUGCUUGACGUCCUUGGCGGAGUUCAGCUGGAGGACAUGGACCCCAAGUGGGUUCCGCGCUUCGGCGCCGUGUUGGCGGUGACUGCCUACCGCAACGGAAACGUUUCCUUCGCCUUCGCCGAGCCCGAGCAGGAGGCGGGAUCCAGUCUGGACUACGUUGCGGGUUUAUUGCCCAUCACGGUGCGUUGCCAAACGGCUGAGGGGGCAGACUAUGCGGCAGCCACGUGCCCACUGGAUGAUGUUUGGCGUCACGUGAACCGCUCAAUGCCGACUGUGGCCCACCCCUUCUGUUACCUUCGUCCGGAGGACAAGUGUGACGGGCUUGACGUCGUGCCUAGCGCACACUGCCAGUACUACCGCAAACACUGCCCAAGCGGGGUUUGUGGACCCGGCGCGGAACUGGAUCCCUCGCGGAACUACACCUGUGUUUCCUUUUCCAAACGAAAACACAUGAAAAACUACCUUCUUGUGUCUAUUCUUGCCAGCGGGGUUGGCGCAGUCGCAGGCGUAGCCAUUGGUGCUCUUAUUGCUCUCUUGCUUCGAAGAACAGAAGCGAAGGAGGAGCAGCGGCGGCUUGUGUUAAAUGCCGAAGCUGGCGAGGCUACUGCUAGUUAG